GUCGACGUCAACGACGUCUGCGGUCUGCUUCAUCAUCAUAGCAAACAGAAGACAUAAUAUAAUAUAACCUAAAUAUUUUAAAGAAUUGACUAAAACCACGUGAAAUAAAUGGAAAUGACAAUCCAUGAGCCCAAGUAUAAGAAAAAAGAAAGUCAGUUUAUAGUAAGGAAACUAAUAGAAUUGAUCUCUGACAUAAUUGUUUGAACAACAGCUCAAAAUGAUACUUAUUAGCCUAUACUAAACUUCAAAGAACAAAUGAAGUAAUUAUUAACUAGAAUGUAAAACUAGAAUUUAAAUCAUAAUCAUUGUAAAAAAUAUGAAGAAAAACUUAUUUAAUUUAAGAAUUAUUAUGCUAUUAUCUAUCUUAAAAUACUAGAGAAGACAGAAAAAUUCCUCAAAUAUGUUGUAAAAUCUCUGAUAUGCAUAACAGUUUUAUGAACAAGAGACAAUUUAAAGUUUAUCUAGAAUGCUACAUGUAUAACCGCUAAACUUUUAGCUAAUCCAAACUAGGAAGAUAUUUCAAUUGACAUACACGGUUUUCUAACUAGUUGGGCCCUCCGAAUAGUUACUAGCUUAUCUGAUAAGCAAGAAAAUACCAAGUUACAAAAAUACCAAAACACAUUAAAAUGCAUACUAUCAAGUGUCUAUUUUGCGGAAAAAUCUGUUCAAAACAAUUGUCAAAAGCUCAUAUAUUAUUACAUACUGGCGAGCAUCCCUUUAAAUGUUUGGUAUGUGAAAAGACUUUUGUCCAAAUACAUCAAAUAAAGAGUCACUUGUUGGAACACUCUGGGAAGUGUACUUACAAAUGUACUACAUGUGGAAAAUCCUUUGCAUCCAAAGGCUAUAUGAAGAGACACUCAUUGGUCCAUUCAGGAGCGAGACCUUUUAAGUGUGAUACAUGUGGAAAAUCCUUUCCACUCAUAAGUGAUAUGACGAUUCACACAAGGGUUCAUACUGGAGAGAGGCCUUAUAAGUGCAAAACAUGUGGAAAAUCCUUUGCAUCCAAAACCUAUAUGAAGAGGCACUCAUUGGUCCAUUCAGGAGCGAGAGCGAGACCUCAUAAGUGCAAUACAUGUGGAAAAUCGUUUGCAUUUAAAAGCUAUAUGAAGACACACUCAUUGGUUCAUUCAGGAGAGAAACGUUAUAAGUGUUCUACAUGUGAAAAAUAUUUUGUGACAAAUUCCGUUUUGAAGAAGCAUCACAAAAUGGUUCAUGCUAAAGAGAGACCUUAUAAGUGUUCUACAUGUGAAAAAUCUUUUGCAAGGAAAGACAUUUUAAGGGGUCACCACAAAAGAGUUCAUACUAGAGAGAGACCUUAUAAGUGUUCUAAAUGUGAAAAGUCUUUUGCAACAAAAAGUGAUUUGACGAGUCACACAUUGAUUUAUCACAAAAGGGUUCUUACUGGAGAGAUGAGACCUUAUAAGUGUUCUAUUUGUGAAAAGAAUUUUGCAAGGAAAGACGUUUUGAAGAGUCAUCUCACAAGGGUUCAUAAUAGAGAGACACCUUAUAAUUGUUCUACAUGUAAUAAAUCUUUUGUAAUGAAAGGUGAUUUGACACGUCACAUAAGGUUUCAUACUGGAGAGAGACCUUACAAGUGCUCUACAUGUGAAAAAUCUUUUACAACAAAAAUAGCUAUGGAGGAACAUCACACAAGGAUUCAUACUGGAGAGAGACCAUAUAAGUGCUCUACAUGUGAAAAAUCUUUUGCUACGAAAUAUGAUAUGAGGUCUCACAUAAGGGUUCAUACUGAAGGGAAGAGACCUUAUAAGUGUUCUAUAUGUGAAAAGAAUUUUACAUUGAAAUAUGUUUUGAAGAUUCAUCACACCACUGUUCAUUCGGGGGAGAAACCUUACUAGUGUUCUAUAUGUGAAAUAUCUUUUGCAGAAAAACAAGCUUUGAAGGAACAUCACACAAGGGUGCAUACCAGGGUUGCCACUCAUCCCGAUUCUGCCAGGACAGUCCCUAUUUCGGUUCCUUAUGCCCGUAAGCCUAUGAUAAUCCCGGGAGAGGGAGAUCAUGUCCCGAUUUUUCCUUAACCUAAGGUGGCAACCCUGGUGCAUACUGGAGAGCUUUAUAAGACCUUAUAAGACACACGUCCACAUUCUUGAUUCUUUUCAUUUGUUGCAAUGAAAUACUUAACAACAGUAGUUUAUUUGUUUUGUUAGUAAAAUGUUGUUAAGUUUUGGGUACUUUAAAAAAAUUUUAGUCUUUAGCCUGACUUAUUAGUUCAUUGGUGGGACCCAUUACUCAAGAUGAAAUGCUAGGUCAAUGUCAUGACAUGUUUUUACAAAUAGCAGUGUUUUAUCUUGAUCUGUUUAUUUCUUUAGUUGUAUUCUAGAGGUUUUAGCAAAUUUCCAUGAUAGUUUUAAAUGUUGGUAGAUGGCAAGGUAACAGUGAGACCUGGGUCAGAUUAACUUUUUGUUUUGUUGACCCCAGAGAGAACAAAAUUGUAAUGUUAAAUUGUCACGUUUUUGUAUAUAUAGAUGUAUAGAUGAGAUUCAUAGCCUAAAAAUAAACAACCAGAUAAUCAAUAUAAAAUUUCUGUUUGUCAAAAAAGUGGUUGAACCCAAAUUAACACAUUGUUUUUUUUACAAUACGCUAAAAUUGUCAUAUUUUUUUCAGAUUAUGCUGAGACAAAAUUAAAACAAAUUUGUUUAACAA